AUGCCCGUCCUUCUCACUGGUGGCACAGGUAAGACCUCGGUGCGCCUGGCCCGCUUCCUUCAAAAUGAGAAUAUUCCCUUCCUGCUAGCCUCCCGUCGUGGGGCCGCCGCCGCACCCUCCGGUAUGCCUGCUGUCAAAUUCGACUGGCUGGACCAGUCUACCUGGAAAGAACCCUUCCAGUCCCACUUUGCGGGUGGCGGGACCAUUACCGCGAUCUAUCUUAUGGAGCCACUGGUCGCCGAGCCUUGGAAGCCUAUGAACGAGUUCAUUGACUUUGCGCGAACGGAGCACGGCGUGAGGAGGUUUGUGUUGGUGGCGGGUAGCUCCGCUGAGCCAUCAAAGCCGGGAAUGGGGAUGGUGUGGCAACACUUCCUAGAUACUGGAGUCGACUACUGCGUCCUCCGGCCCAGCUGGUUUAUGGAAAAUCUUUCCGACGGGGCCCCGAGUACUGUUAUUCGCGAUAUGGACAAGAUCUUCACGGCGUGUGGUGACGGUAAAAUCCCCUUCGUGAGCGCCAUUGAUAUCGCUGCGGUCGCAUUCCGGGCAAUCACCGACCCGAAAUCACACAAUUGCGACCACCGUGUGCUGGGACCCGAGUUGCUCACCUAUGAUGAGGUGGCUGAGAAACUGUCUGCCGCACUGGGUCGUCGCAUUGAGCACGUGAAGCUGACCGGCGACGAACGCUACGAAAGCUUGGUCGGUGCUGGGGUCUCUGAGUACUAUGCUCGGUUCUUGACGAAUCUGGAAACCGCGGCAUCUACAGGAUUUGAAACUCGCAUGAACGCUACUGUGCAAGAGGUUACGGGCCGGACCCCCGGUCACUGGAUCUUUUUGCACACGAGAAUAGAGCGGCUUGGCAACACACGCAAACGCAGCCUACACCAGACUGAAGCGUCGCAGCGCUCACCCUGUGCCGACGAAGAAGACCAGCUCUCGGACUGGAUCGAUGUGCUGAUAGGCAUGAGGGAGAUUACGGAGGAAGAAGAAAAGGUGCUGGUGUUUGGUUGGCCGACGAAUGAAGUGGGUGCGUGGGUGUUGAGGUUUAGGAGUGCCGCUGAACUACCAAAAGGCUUUGGGAGAAUGAGUUUGGCGAUGAAUGUGGAGAAGAUACAGAUUGAAGAUGUCCCCCAGGUGAAGGAACUUGAUGGCUACACACGAUUUGAGGCCUAG